AUGUUUCUCCAUCUGGUGUACUUUCAUUUUCGAUGAAUGUACAUGAAAACACUAGUUUCCAAGGAGCCCAAGUCUUAAAAAUGGAGGAGACUACAAGAAGAUUAAAUGAAAAGGAGAAAAUCUUCGAGCGUCUGAAAAAGAAUUUGAGAGCUUUAAAAGAACCAAAGAAUGUUCUCCUAGUUGGAUCACUCGGAGUAGGAAAAUCGUCAUUCAUAAAUUCUACUAUUACAGCUCUGACGGGGAAAUACGAUUAUUACGCUGACAUUGGCGGUGGAGACAAGCACAUCACAACCACAUUUCACAGAAUCAGUCGAGACGAAUAUUUGGACCCUGAGGAUGAAGCAGAUAAAUUGCUUUGCUUCCCAACAUUCAUUGACAUUAUCGGAUUGGAUGCUCAGUUGUCGUCAUCUAAAGAGGAAGAGGAAACGGUUAACAGUAUGUUAAUGAAUCUUAUCAUAAACGGGAGACUACCGGAGAAUUGCGAUCUACUCGAUGUAAGCAGACAGCUGAAAGCAGGGAAAAUAAUAAAGGACCGGAACGAAGAGAAGAAGCUAACGGUGGACAUCAUUAUGGUUGUGAUUUCAGCAAAGAGUACAAGCAUUCCACAGACACUCAUCGACGAAAUUUACAGAGAGGCAAACAUAAAGAAGAGAAAAAUACCUGUGUUUGCUGUAUUGACAAAAGUGGACGAAUGUGACAUGUCUGAAGAGGAGCUAGAGGUUAAGAAAACUGAAAUAUGUGAGGCCAUUGGUAUUACAAAAGACAAACUGCUAGUGUGUAGAAAUUAUCAACCCGGAGACGCACCAGAUAUUGAAACAGACAUCAGAAUACUGAAUUUCAUGAUAACGCUGUGUAACCCGCGUUUUAAGGCAGUAACAAUGGAGAAGGUUGAAUUUGAGGAACCUGAACCUGCACCACCUACACCGACACCAGUCCCCCCUCCCCCAGAAAGGAAUUGGUUCUGGAAAACGUUACAGUGGAGUUUUGUGGCGAUUGUCAUUGCUUUCUUCUCUUAUCUAAUACAGCAGAUUUUGUCCAAAGAUCAAAGAUAUACUCAACACAUGAUGAAUCAGAGAAAAAUCAGCCGAGAUGACUAUUGGGAUCCUGAUGAUGAAGCAGAUAAAUGUAAACACCUCGAACUCCCAACAUUCAUUGACAUCAUUGGACUGGAUGCCCAAUUGUCUGCAUCUAAAGGGGACGAAGAAACGGUUAACAGCAUUCUGUUGCACUUGAUCAUAAACGGGAGACUACCGGAGAAUUGUGAUCUUCUGGAUGCGAGCAAAAAGCUUAAAGCCGGACAAAAAUUAAAGAAAAGGAACGAAGAGAAAAAUCUAAAAGUCGACACAGUAAUUGUUGUCAUAUCAACAGAGAAUCCAAUUAUUCCACAGUCACUUAUAGACGAAAUCUAUAGAGAGGCAAAAAUAAGAGAAAGAAAUAUCCCUGUGUUUGCUGUAUUGACAAAAGUGGACAUAAGUGGCAUGUCUGAACAGGAGUUGGAGGAUAAGAAAACCGAAAUUUGUGGGGUCAUUGGUAUCACAAAAGACAAACUGCUAGUGUGUAGGAAUUAUCAACCAGGAGACACACCAGAUAUUGAGACAGACAUCAAAAUACUGGAGUUCAUGAUUACGGUGUGUAACCCUCGCAUUCAAGCAUUCACUUAUACGAAGGUUGAAGUUGAGGAAGAUGUCAAAAUGAAGUUCUGGAAAGAAGCUAUAGCAGUAGCCUUUGUGGCAAUUAUCAUUGCUCUCUUUUUAACAAAAACUGUGUCAUCUUUCGUGACUAUUUUAAGUUACAGGAGUACAUAUGUGCAUGUACUUUCGUUUCUACAUUGUACUAUGGCGGAAGGUCCAAAGACACAUGCACAAGCAUCAGUAGUAGAAUUUGACAACAUGGGAAAAGAAGACCCCCUAAAAGAAAGAAGAGAGGAAUUGAUGCACGAAAUAGAAGAAAAAUUGCGGCGUAUUAAACAGCCAAGAAACAUUUUAAUACUCGGGCAGCUUGGUGUUGGUAAAUCCUCCUUUGUUAAUACCGUUACUUCAGUUUUGAAUAGAAAGUUUGAAUAUAUAGCUCAGACAGGCAGUGGGUCCAGACACGUGUCAACAACAUACCGAAGAUUCACACCGGAGAUAUAUUGGAAUCAAAAAGUCGACAAGGAGCUUUCUCUUCCCACUUUUAUCGAUGUGAGUGGCUUGGAAGAACAGCUGUCCAAAUCAAGACAUGUACAAAAAGACGAUAAUGACAGAAACAGUGGAGAUGUCCAGACAGACAAAAACAAGGCUUCCGCCAACAAGCAAGCAAUAGAAUUAAUCAUUCAGGGCAGACUUCCCGAUAAUUGUGACCUAUUUGCACUUUUUGAAAAUCUGAAUAUGGGGAGAAAAAUAGAGAAAGCAACAGAAAUUAAAGGAAUGGCUGUUGAUAUUAUCAUAGUUGUUGUAUCCGGAGAAACGAUGGCGAUUCCCCAGGCUUUGCUUGACGAUAUCUACGAAGAAGCCAAUUUGAACCAAAAAAAAAUUCCUGUUUUUGGAGUGAUGACAAAAAAGGACAAAAUUGACGAAUCUGUAAAUAUCGAAGAGAAAACGAAGGAAAUUUGUCAGGCUCUAAGCAUUGACGAAGAACACUUUUUAUUAUGUAGGUGUUACCAAUCCGAGAAAGCCGAAGACUUAGAAAAUGACAUAAGAAUUUUAGAAUUUUUUUCUAAGUUGUGCAAUCUUCAUAUUACUGCAUAUGAAAUUCCUAAAAUGAAAUUUCGUGACCCAGCUGAUUCCUCUGGUGGAUAUAGCUACAUGCUUCUGAAGGUGGGAAUAUUCGUCCUCGUCCUUGCUGCAUUCCUUCCCCUGAUUCUGGACAGACUGGCUAAGAAAAACACAGCUGGAUCAACAUAACUUUGAUAUUUGUCAACAUAUUUUGAUAGCAAAGCAUUAUACAUGUACUGCUUUACCGAGAAAACUUUGAUACAUGUAUUAUAUAAUUUCUAUCAAGGAAAAAGAAAUGAUACACUCAAUGGCAAUCAAGUAGAAUUUUAAAUAAUAUAUAUUUUAUCCAUAUUUCACGUGUUAAUUGAUAUAGUAUGUAACUGCACAUCUUUUUUAAAAAAAA